AUGGUUCUUCAUCAACAUUCAAAACAAUCUCAAACUGAUAAUCAGAUUCUUAGAGACUCCAAAAUGUCUGACCCCAUUAGUUCACCAUCAUCUACUGACAAUGGCCCGACUGUCGUUAUAGUCGUGUUUAUAUCGCUCGGUUGUAUUUUCUUCUUCGGCGUCUGCUUGUUUGCUUUCUGGUUCUUGAUCAAGAGGUGGAAAAAGAAGUCGGUGCAAGAAACAGAUAUCAUACGUGCCGAUGAACAUCUCAAGGUGAAGGAGGAUAUUGUAAAGGGCCCUUUUGGACCACAGGCUGUGAUCCUAUCCAUAGAAGAAGAUAAGCAUUUUGAAGAAGAGACCACCAAGAAGGAGAAGCAGGUGGAAGAAAAACUCAUGCAUGCAAAAACUGGAGAAAUCACUGCAACUGAUGAUGUUGAGGGUGGAGAAUCCUCCUCAAAUCCUGGUCUUAACCAUGCUUAUCAUCAUCAUCAUGCAGAGUACAAGUCCUGA